CGGAUGUGUGUAAAUCUUUAACUUCCUUGGCAACGUGAUGCUUUCUUGUUUUCGAAAUGUAUUUUCUUGCAGAUAAAUGCGUAUGCAAGGAUUCUUCUCAUGUUUCACAUUUUUAUCGACAAAAGUAAUGUUAGCUGUUGUUUUGUGGUUCUAGCAAACCUGAUGCAGAUGUACGUACAAGCAAACGACGAGCAUUGCAUAUACACAGUAUGGCGCAUUAUUACAGUCAAAUUAACUUGUUUGGUAUGUAGCAAGCUAGCACAUGCACAUUUUUGGGAAUAAGUUAACUCUAUUUUUCUCUAGCAGGCUGUUAGUCAAGUAGCUGGUGUAGAGAGCGUACUGUUAAACAAUAAUGUUCAAAAACAAUUUGUAUCGUGCAAUGCAGCUUUUUAUUUUAAUAUCUGUAUGUGUGACUCAUGCCGGCACAGAUAGAGGAGAUAAUACAGAUUCUCCAAUAACCACAAAACGUCAAUCAUUAAAUGAGCAUUUUAGUCGCACUGACCCGACGUACACCGUUUUAUUAUCAACUGAUACAUUAAAACCUUUUGAAACUGGUUUUGCUGAAACUGUCACUCAAGAGGCCGUAACCACGAUUACCGAGGACAUGGUUUCAUCAUCAGAAGCCACCACCGGGUCAAUCACUGUCCCUUCUCAUGUUGGAACUGCUACUAAAGCAAUUCUGAAUCCAAAAGUGUGUUUAUGUGAUCUGACCCCUGACUUCUGUGAUAUUGGCUGCUGCUGUGACAUUGUGGACUGCGACAUCCCUGACUUAAGCUCUGUCUUCAGUGGAUGUUCCGAUGAAGUCAUAUCUGGAGAUUGCAUUGAGAGAUGGUUGUUGUUUAGAGCCAAUGUGGAUCCUUCACGUGUCACUGUCACAAACAAAUUGUUCUGCGUUCAACCAGAAGAGGAAAUCGAGACUCAUCAGACCAGGCAACAUUCUUCCAGUCUUCAACUGUCCAAUUUUGAGAACCCCACAGGCCCUCAGACACUUUCAGCUCUCACAAAAAAUGCACCAACCUUGGACUACUCCUACCACUUCUCUUGGAAGGGAUCUGCUACCUAUACUACCCAUACCAGAGAUUUCUACAGGGUCGAUGACACCAUCAUGACCCAUUUCAUCCGCUCCUCCGUUCGGGGGGUCCUGCGACAGCCUUCACCAGGGGCCACCACAUCUUUCUGUGUCGACCGUAACCCUGCCAGGUUCCUUCGUUCCAUUUCUCUCUAUUGCACCCGCACUCUAACUCCCCAGUCCUGUGCAACAGACCCCAGUCUUAACGCAAAGUCUUACUUCACUGACAUCAGACUGCUCAAGAUUCCAGUUCGUGAGAGUGUUCAGCUAACCCCAGAUAACCUGAUUUCUAUCCAUCCCAAGCUUGAGUCCGGUUGGUCUGAGCCGAAAGAACAGAAUGGUUCCUGUCUCAACUUGGUGUCAAAGGUGGAAUAUCUUUUAUGGUACACAAUUAUAGGGGAAAUUGUUAUGGCAACAGUGAAUGUGGUCUUAGCUGACGCAGACUCCAACAUGAAGUUUUUGCAGCAGCACACUGUCGAUUUCCAGUUAGCCACGCCCCCUCCAACUCCUGGACCAACCCCUGUAGUGGGACUGACAGAGGGGACUCCUGUGAUUGGUCAGGUUGGCAGCACUGCCCAAGAUCUAUCUGUUUUAGGUGUGUCUCAAGGUGGGGAGUGCUCCAUUGACCCCAGAAUGCCCAUUCUUUUCAUGCACAACACCAUCACAGGCUGUACCUUCAAUUCUCCCUCGGUCAACUGCUCAGAGCUGCGCUCAAAGCUCUACAAGGUCUUACGGGGGGCUGCAGCACCCACCCUGGUUGCCAUGACUGCAGGGUCACAGCCUAACUGGGCCAGAGUCAUAACACAGGUGUGCACUGUGACGACACAGGAGGAGUCGUGUGAGUCCGGGUGUGUCCUCCCUCAUUCUCUGUCUGUCCAGGUGCUAUGGGCUCGAACAGGUCUCCUGGCCCUCCCCCAGAACUUCAUCUUAGGGGCCAAAUACCUCUUCCAUUGUCAGAGAUUCAGGUGUCCCCUCGUCUCUCCUUUCACUGUCACUACGGAAGUGAUGUUUGUCGACACCACUGUCUACCUAGAACCCCCCAGGGGCACACCACUGCCCACAUGGAAGUUCCCAUUUGACUUCUUCUCCAGAGGGUCAGGCGAGGUGGAUGGAUGGACAGACACCAGCGAUUGUAGGGACCCCAGAAAGGUCACAUGUAACUUAAUGUUGAUUGCACUAGCAUUUCUGGCUUGGUUGCACUAAAAAUGUUAACAGCAGUGGACAUUGUCAGUUCAGCCUGCAUGAUAGUUUGUUUAUUGCAUUUUUUGGGGCAUUGUAGAGCAAAUAUGACCACAGUGAAUUAUUUUUUUACAGAAUUUUUAAAUUCUCAAGUAACUCAACAUUUUACACCAAAAUUAAAAGAGUUAUUACAACAUGA